AAACACUAUGAUUUGCAUUCUUAUUAAACUAUAAAUGUUCUUCUUUUGUUCUGGAUAGAGAAAAGAUAUGGAGGGAUAAAAUUUUCCUGUUAGUCUCAUUUUGUAUAGGCUAGAUACCCAUAUUUUCUGUUAGAAAAAUCUCUGGCACACUUGCUGGGAACACUGGUGUGUGAUUUCAGGUUGUCUGGGGCAGUGCAGAUCUCAGGACUGUAACCUUGUAAGUAUUGAGCAGGGACUUGCAGCAGCAGCAGCAUGCCCUUCCUCACAGUACCCAACUGGCAGAAGAGCUGGACUCCGCUGCUGGUACUGGGGUAUCUCUUUUACCUCCUCCUGGGUGCUAUGGUGUUCCAGCUGCUGGAAAAGCAGGCAGAGACCCACUCUCGGGACCAGUUCCAGCUGGAGAAGCUCAAGUUCCUGCAGAACUACACAUGCUUGGAUAGGCAAGCCCUGGAGCAGUUUGUACAGGUCCUCAUGGAAGCAUGGGAAAAAGGGGUCAACCCAGAAGGAAACUCUACAAAUCCCAGUAACUGGGACUUCAGCAACUCUUUCUUUUUUGCAGGAACUGUUGUCACCACUAUAGGUUAUGGUAACCGGUCCCCCAGCACCGUGGCAGGACAAGUCUUCUGUGUGUUUUAUGCCUUAUUCGGGGUGCCGCUCAACCUGGCCUUCCUUAAUCAGCUGGGGAAAGGCCUCAAUGCUCAUCUGAUGAUGCUGGAAAGAUGGGUGCAAAAGCCAGGCCGUGCCCAGGUAGUUCAAACACUGGCAGUGGCUGUCUUCCUGACUACAGGGACCUUGCUGUUUCUGGUGUUCCCACCACUGGUUUUCAGUUACGUAGAAGGCUGGAGCUAUGGAGAAGGCUUUUAUUUCACCUUCAUCACCCUGAGCACAAUUGGAUUUGGGGACUACGUAGUAGGCACAAACCCCAACAAGCACUAUAUCCCACUAUACAGGAGCCUAACUGCAAUUUGGAUUGUUUUUGGCUUGGCCUGGCUGGCCCUGGUCUUCAACGUGGGAGCUGACUUAAUGGAAAAAUUCCUUCAGCUGAAGUGGCACAAGCCCAACUUAAGCUUGGCAGAAGGAGACACAACCAAACUGGAAGAUGAACCUGAACACCCUAGAAUCCACAUACCUACCUGAGCAAGGUACACAGAGUGAAGUCUUGAAAGAGCACCUUUCAUCAGGGCAUAAGCCAAUUAAAACCUCCAGAGAAGUAGCACACACGGUAAAACUGUUCCAGGAUUCAUUUUGCACUUCUCACUCAACAAAGGCACCUUCUCCUGCAGUAAGCAAUUGCUAUCCUCUCUUUUUUUCUAUUGGAAUUCAGUUCUCAUAGCCAUUUGUAUUCAAGAAAUCCAGGGUGACUGCCUCCCAGCUCCCAUAAGAAGUACUGUCACCAAGAAUCGCCAGUGGAAAAAGUCAGGUACAGAAAUCCUUCUUCAUUUCCAAGCAGAAAGCAAACAAAGCCCCAGAAAAAUAUCAUCAGCAAUGGCCACCUUCUCAAUGGCAUCCAUCCAAUUAAGAUUAGUUUGAUACUAUCUGAAUUUAGCAGCUUUUAUAUAAAAUGAUAACAUUUCUUUAGUUCCAGGGCCAAAAUGUUUCUCUCAAAUUUUAUGUCUAUCCAGCACUGUCUGGACUGUUACAAUUCUGUUUAAAGAGAAUUGUCAGCUCAGAGCAGUCAUUAUCGAGUUCAUUUCACAACCACCCAAAACCAGCACUUUAAACUAAAUCCCAAUGCAAACAGAUUUCCUUAUUUCCAGCCAGAUUACAAAUAUUACUAGUCUGUAAUUUGCUUUGGGCCAGUUCACUGAAGAACUACCACACACUGUAGAGGACUGAUGCUGUCCAUUUACCUCUAAACAAGGCUGAUAGGCUCUUGUGUUAAACCUGAUCCUCAGUUGUGGCACACUAGCAGGGGAACAGGGAGUUUGACUUUAUUGCACUUAUUGCAAGACAAAAGUAGCAGCAGCCACCUCCAAAGAGGCAGAAAAGCCAAAGGAGGUCAUCCAAACACCUUAUAGUAGGCUUGUCACUGAGACAGAAAACUAUAGUUGCACUUUGUGUUAAAGUAAACUAUGAAAACUUGAUUAAACAAUUAUUCAUUCACCCAGAGUACCAUACUAGAUUGUUUAUAACCAUCACUAACACAUUUUAUGGAUAUGCUUGUAAUUAUGUACACACUGCUAUUUGUUCAGUAUGUUUGUAACUCGUAUUAACCACCAACUAAUUAUUUUAAAACUCAUUUAGAAGUGGAACUUUAAUGUAAAAGUUUGAGUGAAAUAUGAUUGGGCAUGCAGACCAGCCCCAAGCUAAUCUGUGGCUGGCAAGCUACAGUAAUAUCAAAUGCCAGCCUUUCAGCAGCUACUUUGAUAUUUCAUUUUGAGGAAGUGUCCAUAAAACAUGUAAAUACUUGUGUGUAAGUUACAAAUCUCUUCUCACAUAUUUUCUGUCCUAGACUUUGACUUCUAAGGAGAGUCCAACAGAUGCUUGCUCUAGUGUCUGACUUAGUGCUUGCUUGCUUGCUUUCUUUGGUGUUCAUUGCUGACUCCUGCAUAGUGCAGCCUGGCUGUCAAAUCUGAAAUGCUGGCAUGUAAGAAUGCCAGCUGUAGUUUACUCAUUUAAAAAAAUGAGUUUUCCAAUGCUUAUCCCAAUUGAGAUUUCCCUGAUGUCUUACUCUUACCACCUCACAGAUUCUAUCUGCUCGGUCUCUGCGUUGAUUUUCCUCAGUCAUUCCCAUGAAUUUCUGCAACAAUUUUCUUUGUAACCUCUGUCACUGAGAGCAGACAACUCUGUCCUGUCUGGCUUUUUGGAUCUUUGCAGACCUCCUGAGAAACAUACUCUUUCAGGAUUCUCUCUUCUUGGACAUAACAUUUGUAUAUGCACUUCAUAACAUCAUCACCAUUGCUAUACUCUGUACCUGUCUUGUGACAACACUGUAAGACAUUUCUGGCCUGUUUGUAUGAAAGACAAAGCUAAAGUUCUACUGAAUUUACAACUAGUCAGUUUCCUUCACUUCCCUUUUUCCAUGCUGCCUUACUUUAUCUAGUCACAGGCAGCCAUUAAGCAUGCGGUAGUGUAAAGGUGAUGAUAUAAACUGUUUUACACUAUGUUGCAUGCCAUAAAAAGUGAUAAUGAUGUUUAUGAGGGAUAAAAAGCAUGCAUACACUACUUACGGGCAAAGUGUUUGUUAAAUCUUUUUUACUUGACAUCUGACCGCAGGGAGUUUGGGUUGCUUUUACUUCAGUCCACAAAAUUAUCCCUGUAUCUGAUACUGAUUUACAAAAUUGCAGCACAGCGGGACUAUUUUCUGAAACUUUUACUCCUGCUACUUUUAGUAAGGCUGACAGUAGCUGUGGCAGUUCUCAAGCUGCCUGCCAGAAGACUCAAAAUAAACAAACAAAAAACUCAAACAUAUGGCCAUGGUGGAAAAGAGAAGAGAAAGAUACUGAUGGCCUCCCCUCUGUUAUAGAAGUAAUAGAAAUUUCUUGCUCACUUUGUCAAUUUUUCAAGAUCCUAAGAAGAUCCUAAAGGUCAUGCACAUUUGUAAUAAAGCUUAUUUUGAGCUACACACUAGCAGCACUGGCCCAGUUUUUGUGCAUGGAUGGAUCAAGUGCUUCUAAGUACUAUUCCUCUAACAAAAAGCUGGUCAACAAUUAUCAACUGACCAGCUAAGAAAAAUAAUGUGGAAGAAUUGUGCAGUCAUGACAGCUUACAAGGAGCCAGAGAAGUGCACAAAGGGACUCUUAAUAACCUGUUUUACCAGUGCAACCCUGUGCAGAAUGGAGCCCACACAACCAGCUACGAGAUGCUCAGCCUGGCCGUGUGGAAGACAGCACUUCUGAAGGACGUGAACUCAGCUCUGCAGCCUGUGGCAGAAGCAAUGUCCCAGCAAUGUCUACAUCCCAUCUGUGAAGUGGAGAAGCAGCAUGCUGUCCUGAGCAGCUAUCAUGAGCAGCCCAGAGCAGGGCAAGAACCUUCUUCCAGGUUCACACUUACCCUUUAACCUCACUCAGCAAGCCCUUCCUCAUCCCCCCAAAAUUUGGUACCUUCCAGACAACACCAGAACAUCAUCUGCAAAUAUUUGAGCCAGUCUCUCUGGAGAUUUAAAAUAGAAGGCUGACACACACAUAUCCUCCUCGGGUGUACAGCACUUCAUUUCUGAUUGCAAAGUGACAUUGCAAAGUGCCAUUUCUGAGAAUUCUAGGGAAUAUCAGCCAGUCAGUUUGUUAAAAUAUUACAAGGUUCUUCAAAGAUUUGUUGUGAAUUUUAAUCUCUUCCUCCCUAAAUUUCUGCUAGCAAGCACAUGCUUGAUGCCCUGGGUUUGCAUGCAGUCUUGCUUGUAGUUACAAACCCUGUGCCUCACGAGUAAUUUGUUUUACAUAAUUUGAGUGCAAGCCUUAAAUGCUCUAUGAUUAGUCAGCAAUGUUUCAACAGGGUUAUAUUUAGUAGUGUGCUUUGUACAAACUGUCUGAUUUUAAUGUGGUUAUAAUGUGAAAGUGCAGCUCAGGUGUCUAUUCUGUAUCUUAAAUGAAAGAAAACUGAGUGUGUACAUUUUUGAAUAUCUUUUCUUCCUGUGAUA